GCCAUUACACUGGAAAGAAGAAGAAAAGAGGAGUCUAGGCUAGCUAACUGACUGCAUAUCAACAAGAGCCUCCAGAUUGUUGUCCAUCUCUUAAACCUGAUUACUGUAGUAUCUAGCUACUAAUUUUUCUUAUGGACCGUUUGGCAUCCUUUGGAAAUGAUCCAUUUGACAAGCCGUCUUGUCGAGGCUGCUCAUCCUACCUCACUGAGCCUUACGUCAAGUGUGCAGAAUGUGGACCAUCACCGUUUCUACUCUGUCUUCAGUGUUUCACCCGAGGAUUUGAGUACAAGAAGCACCAGAGUGAUCACAAGUAUGAAAUCAUGACCUCUGACUUCCCUGUGUUGGAACCUGGCUGGACAGCACUGGAGGAGAUGUCCCUGCUGGAAGCAGUCAUGGACUGUGGUUUUGGCAAUUGGCAGGACGUGGCGUAUCAAAUGCGAACCAAAGGGAAGGAGGAAUGCGAGGGCCACUACAUGAAGAACUUCAUCAACAACCCCCUGUUCUCCUCCACGCUGCUCAGCCUCAGACAGAUGGAGGAAGCUCGCACGGCCGACAGCGCCAUCCCUUUUAAACCCACGGAUGAUCCCCCCAGACCCACGUUUGACUCCCUGCUGUCUCGAGACAUGGCUGGCUACAUGCCUGCCAGAGCAGACUUCAUGGAGGAGUUUGACAACUAUGCUGAAUGGGAUCUGAAAGACAUCGACUUUGUGGACGAUGACUCAGAUGUGUUGCACGCUCUUAAGAUUGCAGUUGUGGAUAUAUAUCAUUCAAGGUUAAAGGAGCGACAACGCAGGAAGAAGGUAAUCCGGGACCAUGGACUGAUUAACCUGCGCAAGUUUCAGAUUCUAGAACGGCGCUAUCCAAAGAAGGUACAGGACCUGUAUGAUUCUAUGAGGCGCUUUGCCAGGGUCAUGGGGCCCACGGAGCACGACAAGUUCAUCGAGAGUCACGCAUUGGAGUUUGAGCUGAGGAGAGAGAUCCGCAGGCUCCAGGAGUACAGGAGAGCAGGGAUCCAGUCCUUCUGCAGUGCCAAAGUGUACGAGCGGGUGAAGCGCGUACGGGAGGAGGAGCGCAGGAAGAGGACCAUGCUGUGUGACGUGCUGCAGUACAUCCAGGAUGGACGUGCCUGCCAGCAGUGGCUCAGCAAACAGGCCGCCAUUGACGCUGGCAUCACUCCUGUUGUCACGACCAUCACCACGUCAGCCACAGGUAGGAGAAGCGCCCCUCCCCUCAACCUGACUGGCCUGCCCGGGACAGAGAAGCUCAACGACAGGGAGAAGGAGCUGUGUCAGGUGGUACGCCUGGUGCCAGGGGCGUACCUGGAGUACAAGCAGGCCCUGCUGAACGAGUGCCGGCGGCAGGGAGGCCUACGGCUGGCUCAGGCCCGGGCGCUCAUCAAGAUCGACGUGAACAAGACGCGGAAGAUCUACGACUUCCUGAUCAAGGAGGGCUACAUCAACAAGGCCUAGCGGGCGUACUGGGGGGCACGGCAGGGCCGAUCGGCCUGCUCACCACCGCUGUGUUUUAUGCCCAUCUGACCGUGGUGGAAACAUGCCUUUGUGUGUGUGUGUGUGUGUGUGAGGAGCGUUGCCAGUCGUCGUCCGUUUACGGUGUCAAUUCAGGUGUCACGUCUUGCCUUGUAUAUUUGUUUCGUUGGAACUGACAAGCAGUUGACUCUGUACAGCCCCUGGUUGUCAGUUACUCUGGAGCCAAUGUGAAAAGAGGAUGUAUUUAUUUCUCCAGCAAUAAAAUGUUUGUGUAAAGUGCUUGACUCAAUAUAUUUUAGCAAGUUACUGGUGGAAAAUUGGUAUCCAAUUAAGUCACAGAAGGAUGAAUAACAUGCAAAUGCAUAACUGCAGUAAAUAAAACGUGUGUGUA